CACGGCCAUGGGUGAGCAAACCCACUACCGAGCCCAGCCGUGCUCUGGCACCAACCCCAGGAAAUGCCAGGACCUAGGAGACUCAAUUCUUCUGAUCCUGGGCAGCUUCAUCUUGCUCAACGUGGGGAUCAAGAUCUGGAGGCAUUUGAAGAGCUCCUUGUGGACACUUUUCAAUCAUAUUUUCCCCAAAGACAAGGAAGCCAGCUGUGUAGGCAGCCAUCGCAUGUGCGUGCGCUGCUCCGUGGAUCCCAAGAACCUGUGCUCAAGAGUUCCUUCCCGCUUCCGCCAUCGCCCAAGCUUCCUGCUCGGGCACCCAAACCACCUUGACUCGUGGAUACCAGUCACAAAACAUGAGAAGGCUUCUGGGUGCUGCUGGAGGCCGCCUCAGUGUGGACGGGCUGGGGCUCCCAUGGAGGCUCCACGGGGACUGUGGAAGGAGGGGGUAGUGGGCGCUGGCGAGGCCCCUCCGGUCACAGCCUUAACGUCCCGAGCCACCUUUUGCUACAGGCAAGAGACAUCUUCCAAGCUCCGCAGGAUGAGCAAGGUGGAUGUGCUUCCACUCCGCCUGCCCCAAGAGAGCAAGACGAAGACCCCAGACUAUGACCCAGCCCAGGCCCCAGCCCGGGCCCAAACCCGCCCCCCAGUUCAGCCCCCUGCGCAUGCUCCUGCCAAGGCCCAGACCUUCUCCUCAGCCCACCCCCCUGAGCACACCCGCCCCCAGGCCCAGACCCCCUGCCCAGCCCUCACCCCGAGCGCAGCCCUGCCCAGGUCCAUGGCCCUGAGCAUACCUCAGCCCAUACCCCAGCCCAGGCCCAAGCCCAGGGCCCCUCAAAUGCCUCAGCCCAGUCCCUGGGCCACACUUCUGUCGGCACCCUGACCCAUGCUCAUCUGAUCUAUACCCAUGCCAACACUCUGGUCCCUCCCCCACCUUCGGCCCCAGUUCCUCCCCCAACUUCUGCCCCUGCUACUA